CGCGGCCUCUCUUCCUGUGGCUGCAGGCGGCGGCGGCAGCAUGGAUCUCAGCGAGCUGGAGAGAAACAAUACGGGCCGCUGCCGCCUGAGCUCGCCGGUGCCCGCGGUGUGCCGCAAGGAGCCCUGCGUCCUGGGCGUGGAUGAAGCGGGCCGGGGCCCAGUGCUCGGCCCCAUGGUCUACGCCAUCUGUUACUGUCCCCUGUCCCGUCUGGCCGAUCUGGAGGCCCUGAAAGUGGCAGACUCAAAGACCCUGUCGGAGAGCGAGCGGGACAGGCUCUUUGCGAAAAUAGAGGAGGACGGGGACUUUGUGGGCUGGGCACUGGAUGUGCUGUCUCCAAACCUCAUCUCUGCCAGCAUGCUCGGGCGGGUCAAGUACAACCUGAACUCCCUGUCCCAUGAUGCAGCCACUGGGCUUGUGCAGUACGCGUUGGACCAGGGUGUGAACAUUACCCAGGUGUUCGUGGACACCGUCGGGCAGCCAGAGACAUACCAGGAGCGGCUGCAGCAGCGCUUUCCUGGCUUGGAAGUGACGGUCAAGGCCAAGGCAGAUGCCCUGUACCCCGUCGUCAGCGCCGCCAGCAUCUGUGCCAAGGUGGCCCGUGACCAGGCGGUGAAGAGCUGGCCGUUUGUGGAAAAUCUGCAGGACUUGGACACAGAUUAUGGCUCAGGCUACCCCAGUGAUCCCAAGACAAAAGCAUGGUUGAAGAAGCACGUGGAGCCGGUGUUCGGCUUCCCCCAGUUUGUCCGGUUCAGUUGGAGCACGGCCCAGAGCAUCCUGGAGAAGGAGGCGGAAGACGUCACAUGGGAGGACUCCUCGAUGGGAGAUCAGGAGAGAUCUGGGAGGAUCACAUCCUAUUUCCUCAGUGAAGGCCCCCGUCCCCGUCUUCCCCACCGAUACUUCCUCGAGCGAGGCCUGGAGUCAGCCACCACCCUCUAGGAAGGAGCCAGGCUGUCUCCCCUUUCCCCAUGUGUGUGUGUUUGUCGUCACCCCCACCCCACCCCCAGUUUGUGAUUAAAACACUUGAAGGAAA